AUGACAGCCGAGACCACCCAGUUCCAGUGCGAUGCUGGUAAGAAUGCCACCAUCGGCUUCUCAAUUAGCUCAUCGGGCCAGGUUGAGUAUCACGGCAACCCUUCUUUCAUUGCUUGCGAGACAGGCCAAAAUGGAGGUCGUAACAUCUAUACUACCAACAGCACUUCUGUGACCCAGUGCAAGAAUAUUCAGAUGAAAGCCGAUUCUUGCUCGGGAUCCGGUGCUAGUGGGCCCGGUGGAGGAGGAGGGUCUCCCGGCCAGCCCGGAGGAGGAGGAGGAGCAGUUGGAGGAGGAAGCCCAGGAGGGGGAAGCCCUGGAGGAGGAAGCCCUGGAGGAGGAAGCCCCGGAGGGCCUGGAGGGUCAAGUGGCUCCGGCUCUGCUCCUUCUACAACUACCAUCAUGAGCACUGUUACCGUGACAGCUGCUUGCAACUGCCCCAGUACCGGCGCUCCAGCUCCAGCUCCAGCUCCAGGUGGCUCCGGCGGAGGCGGAGGUGCAAGCCAGCCUUCUGGACCUGCUGGAGGAGGUGGUGGUACUUCUCCAUCGGUACCUCCAACUUCUCCUUCUUCGACUGCAGGUAGUCAUUCAUCCGAAGCAGGACCCGCCGGCACGCCUGCACCGUCUAGCACCGGUAGUGGCGUUGCCAGCGGUGGAGGUGGAAGCCAGCCUUCUGGACCUGCUGGAGGAGGCGGUGGUAGUAGUGCUAGUCCACAGCCAUCCACAACCGGAGGUACUCCGCCAGUCAUCCCUAUCAUCGGUGGAGGUGGUACCCCUCCGUCUGUACCUUCCGCCCAUCCCUCUUCGAAUAGCAGCAUUCACCCAUCUGCGCCAGGGCCGGCUGGUACGUCUACACCGUCCAGUCCCGUCGGCGGCGGGGGAGGCUCUCAGGGUCCCUCUAGCACUGCACCCUCCUCUAGUCCUGGCGGCGUCCCACACUCGACAAGCUCGGCCGCGGUUCUAUCCACUAGUGCUGUUGUUGCCCCAUAUGGAAAUGCAUCUACUAGCUCUGCAAAGCCAAGCUCUACCCAGUCUUCCGGAGGAGCUUGUUUGACAACCCUGGCUACGGACAAGAGUAACUACCAAUACCCGCACUUGGUUGUGCCGAUCAACUCCUCGUCUCCUGAUACUGCCUAUGGCACCCAAUACUUCGCCACAAUCAGCAACCACACCUCCGUUCUCUUCAACUUCGAUAUUCCGCAGAACUACUCUGGCAAGAGUUGCAACUUGGUGUUCUUGUUCCCCCAAAAGGCUGAUCUCGAGACAUCGGAUUACACUUUCAUCGGCGACGGCAAGAUUGAUAUUUCCCAGCUGUCUGCCACAGCCAGCACUUCCACUACAUACAACAAUGCGCCCUCUGUUUCCCACGACUUUGGGGAUAUCACUAUCUCCCCUGGUCACUCAUACGUCGUGAACACUUUCUCUUGCCCGGCUGGACAGGCCGUUGGCUAUGAGAUUAAGAAUGCGGGAAGCACCUAUCUCCAUUUCUUCGAGGACUGGAAUCCUUCUCCGUAA